CGAUUCUAGAUUUAUUAACACUUGGCCUCAUGAUUCAACUUCCUUCAAUUAUGCUUAUUCAUGAAUCUGAAACUGUUAGUUUAAUACUAUUACAUCUGGAAUAACCCUAAGUGUUGUCCUUACUGAUGUUGAAUAUUGGCUUAACUUGUAUUGUUUCCUCUUGGCCAUAGUUGUGAAUGGCGAGCGCUUUUGGCGCUUAUGGUGCUCUAAACGUUGUGGUGACCAAAAUCUACCUGGGACUGCUCUGGCAUGGCGUUUUACGGGAGGUGCACUAUAGGCGGUCGCCAUACACGCCAUGGUUUAUGGCGAGCACUAUCCACGCCUUGUGACAUGUGAAAUAAAUAAUAAAAAAACUGACCUUGACCUAAUUUUCGUUCGAUACAUCCGAUCUAAAUGGUGCAGCUCCCCAAGAUUGCAACUGCUCCAGAGUCAUUGCAGCGUCGUAGAGUCUCCGAUUCUUCUGGAUUGAUCUUCACAGCUUCACUCCAUCGCAAUUCGCAGGGUCGAGAGACUCCUCAGCCCAGCGCGAGUCGAAGUCAAACCAGGUGACACCCUCUUCUCUCUUUUGCUUGAGGCCCAACUCCAUACUUAGCCCAGCGCUAGUCGAAUUACUUAUCCUUAGCCUAGACUGAUGUACGUAGUCAAACCAGGUUUUGCAUAGGAUCCAGGGUUAAAGGUCCCCAAUUGGCCUUAAGAUGAGGCCUGAAUCCUCUUACAACACUGUCCAAAAUUUGAUCCCAUGUUAGUGAUUGACUCUUUAGUGUCAUAAGAGCUCCCGCUUUUUCAGACUUGUCAACAUCCUCCAGGUUUUCUACUUGCUGGUUUUUGAACCUAGAACAUCUCUGAACCUAGAAUUAUAUCUUCCACAAAAUCCUUGACCAUCUCUGAAUCUAGACCUCAGAGCAACCAAAAAAUCCUCCAAAUUGAUGUUAGCUCUACCCAUCGCAUAACUAUCAAACCAUAAUUUGGCUUUUCCAAUCAUAUUCACAGAAGCUUAAUGUACUUUUUUCUCGUGAGACUAGAGCAAAGCGAACCUGCCCGUAAGUGUUCUUGAGGUAAAAAGCUACGAUCUUAUUUCCCCUCUUGGUGUCCAGGAAGAGCACAUCUAGACAAGAGUCCUCACAAAUGCAUAGGAAAACUUCUCCUCUUGGUGUCGAGGUACUGAACUAUGGAGUUGUCCAUAAUGGAAACUUAUGAUGUGAUAGUCAGGCAAUAUACCCCAGUGGUAGGAUCUUUGUGCCAUUCAUGAGUUUGUCUCCCAAAAAAAUUGGUCAAUGAAACACAAGUUUGCUGCUUGUUUCUUAUGCAGGAUUUAGGAGCCGUGUCAGAUACAUUGAUGUUUUAGAUCCAUCAAUCACGUGCUAUUAUGUUUUUGAGAUUCUAGAUGCAGGACGAGAUGGGCCUUUGUUUAUGGUUUCAUUGGAGCAUUGAAAAAGUGAAGUAUUUAUCCAUGUAUCGGCUGUCAGAUGUUGGGAAUUUGUUAGGAAGAGAGUGAAUCAAGAGAUCAUUAAGCAGCAUAAGUUGGGAACUUGUUUGAUGUUUUAGAUGAAUGAGCUGAAUGAGAAAACCAAAUCGGAAGGAAGAUGAAAUACCAUUCAUUUUCCUCUUUGGUUACGAAUUACAAUCAAGAUAGAAGUGACAACAUGAAAUGAAGAGAUGGAGCUUAGAUGAGUAUUAGAGGAAGAUUUUAGGAUACCUUUGUCUUAAAAACAUGUUUAGCACUAUAUUUUUUAUUUCCAAACUCUACUAUAUAUAAUUAUAUAUAUUAACAUUGUGAACAUUUGACUGUUUGGAAUUGCCGCCAUUAUUACUAGUUGGUGACACUUCAUCCAAACAUAUCAUCAACAAUGGCUUCUGCCACAACAUCCACGGCCAUCUUCAAUCUUUUUUACUUAGUUAUUCUCACUUUUGGAUACUUUUCUUCCAUUUCACUGGCUGAUUCAUCAAGCACCUUCCCUGCAGAAGCCUUACCUACCAAAUCCGGCUACCUCACGGUGAACUCAACCACCGGCUCCGCCAUUUUCUACACCUUCUACGAAGCACAGAACCCGAUCCCCACUCCCGCGCACCCUCCGAUUCUGGUUUGGCUCCAAGGCGGCCCCGGCUGCUCGUCCAUGAUCGGAAACUUCUACGAGCUGGGUCCCUGGCGGGUGUCUUCUUCCGGCGGAAAGCAGAUCUCGAUAGUUUCCAAUCCCGGCGCCUGGAAUCGGAAAUUCGGCCUCCUCUUUCUGGAUAACCCAAUCGGAGUAGGGUUUAGUAUAUCGUCUACUCCGGAAGAGAUCCCCAGGAACCAACGCGAUGUCGCCAGGCAUCUCUUCAUAGCGAUCAGAAAGUUCAUAGCUCUGGAUGCCGAUUCAUUCAAGUCACGUCCGAUCUACGUCACCGGAGAGAGUUAUGCCGGGAAAUAUGUUCCGGCGAUCGGGUAUUACAUCCUGAAAGUGAACGCUCACUUGCGGCAGUCGAGCAGGGUAAAUCUGGCCGGCGUCGCCAUAGGGAAUGGGCUGACUCACCCGGUGGCCCAAGUCGCCACCCAUGCCAUCAAUGCCUAUAACUUGGGGUUAAUCAACGACCACCAAAAAGCCCAAUUGGAGGAACUCCAAGAAGUUGCGAUUAGCCUUACUAAACAGGAGAAUUGGAGUGAGGCCACGAGGGCGAGGACCCUUGUCUUGGACACGUUGCAAAACAUGACCGGACUGGCAACUCUGAUGGACUUCAGGAGGCAAACGCCCUACGAGGACGCGUUGGUGGCGGAUUUCUUGAACAACAAUGAGAUCAAAAGGGUAUUGAAAGCAAAGGAAGCCAUCAAGUUUGAGACUUGCGGUGAUUUGGUGGGCGAGGUUCUGGGGCCGGACGUGAUGAAGAGUGUGAAGUAUAUGGUGGAGUUCUUGGUGAAGAACACCAAGGUGUUGUUGUACCAAGGGCAAUGUGACUUGAAGGACGGCGUGGUGUCGACCGAGGCAUGGAUCAAGACAAUGGAAUGGGAGGGGCUGGGGGAGUUUUUGGCGGCGGAGAGAAGGGUGUGGAUGGCGAACAAUGGGGAGGGGGUGGCUGGGUAUGUGCAGAAGUAUGGGAAUUUGACCCAUGUUGUGGUUUUGGCUGCUGGCCAUUUGGUGCCUGCUGAUCAAUCACUCAAUGCUCAAGCCAUGAUAGAGAAAUGGGUGUUGGAGAACAGGUUAUUCUCACAGUGAAAUGUUUUACUGAAGACAGGCUCCCAUUUGUAUCAGUGCAUUGAGUUUGGUCUAAAAGUAUGACUAGUGUUUUAUAGGACAGGUGUAAAUUUUAUUGCAUGCAGUCUUUGUAUACAUAGUUGAAUAAACCAGCUUCCAAGAGAGUUUUACGCCGGGAAGUUGUCAUCUUACAAUAUUUUUUUUCUUGGCAUUAUAUUUUGAUCCUACGGCCCUACCCUAGCGGCUCCAUAUAUACCAAUGGUACUGUGGAGUGCCGAGACUGAAUGCGGGGUUC